AUGAGCGAGUGUGACAGUAAACAUUUAGAUGAGGAGAGCACAGUGGAGGUCCAGCCUGUAGAGAUGGCAGCUUAUCCAACUGAGAACAGCAUGCCCGAAGCUGAGGAGGAAAUUGAUGAAUUGACAGACUGGUGGAACACAGUCAAAGGUUGGGUGGAGUGGAACGAGUUGUCUAACUUCCAGGAGGGGGAUCAGGAAAUGGCGAUGGAGCAGGCAGCUGAUCGUGUCUACAUGGCCGCCAAGCUGUUUGUGCGUCUUUUCAACCAGCGGGGGGCGUCCUUACAGCAGAUCAUCCUGGAGCUUUUGGCUGUGGCCGACUCCGCCGAUCAGUUCCACAAGAAAACGUUGCAGGCUGCUGUGGGAGGAGGCGUGGCCAGCGUCGCCGGCAGCGUAGCAACCAUCACGGGGCUCAUUCUGGCACCUUUCACUUUUGGUGCCUCCAUUAUCGUCACGGCUGUGGGCAUCGGUGUGGCGACAGCAGGCAGCCUCACCUCGGCAACAGCCAAUAUUACAGAUUCAGUUCAUUCCAACAUGGACCGUAAGAAAGUGGAGAAGAUGAUUCAGGACUACCAGGAGAAGAUCAAAGACAUCAGAGAGUGUUUGGAUUUCGUACAGGAAGGUAUGGACACCCUGCAGGACUGGGACUUUGAGAAAUACAUGCAGAGCACCAACAAGAAGGCUCUGAACCGCAACAUCAAGCACGUGAUUAAGGAGGGAGGACGCGCUGGGAAAAAACUCAUGAUCAACACCGACAAGCUCAUCAGCACUGUGCAGGUCCUGGGUGCUGCAGGCGGCGCCGCCAAAGCCGCCCAGGCCAUCAGCGUCACCACGGGGGUGAUGUCGGCCCUCUUCUUGGCUCUGGACGUCUUCUUCCUGGCCAAGGAUUCUCACGACCUCCGUAAGGGCGCCAAAACUAAGUUUGCCGCCAAGGUAAGAGAAGUGUGUAAAGAACUUCAAGAUGGACUCCUGGAGAUGAACAAAGUGAAGACAGACCUGCAGAAGACGAUGGACGGCAUUGAGGUGGAGGAGUACGAAGAGAUUCAGGAGGUGGAGGAGGAGGUGGAGGACGAUCUUGAGUCCGACCCAAAGAAGCUGGCUGAGCUGGAGGAGGAGCUGGACCUGAUCGAAGAGAAACUGGAUAUGAAAGUCGAGGUGGAGCAGAAGAAGAGUAAAGAGACGGAGAAGGAAAAGGAAGAGAAGAAGAGC